GGCAAACUCCUGCAAGUUGUAUGUGCUUUGCACCUCUCUGUGGUGCUGCCCGUAUUUCAUUUUCGAUUGCCGCGCCUUGGGCUGACUUUUCUCAAGAGCCUCACUUUUUCGGGCUUGUAUGGAGUUCUCAGUCUUCGUGCACUUAACACCGCUAAAAAUUUCAGCCUCUGACCUCGACCACAGCACCCACUAAUGUUCACCAACGUCACAGGAAGGUUGCCUGCGCUCCGUCAGUGCACACCCAGAAACGCAUUUGUGCGUUUCAUUUCUCAAAAAAAAGAGGCGGACCCCUUUUCCGAGCUCAAAGACACGGCUGCUAGUGCUCCCAAAAAUGCUUCCACCAUCUUCAAUUUCGACGCGUUGAUCGCCAACUCGCCGGAUCUCAGAGACACACAGAGGUCUCUGGGCAAAUACGAUGAAUAUGCUUUCGGAAACAGCGUCAAAGACCCCCGUGAGGCCGCCAAGGCCAUCAACAUUUCUGGCCCAUCUGCGGGGCGUACUGUGGAUGUGACCUUCCAAAACGUCGGGACUGCUCUCCGGGGCGUUCAGUCCAUUCUCAGGCAAAACGAUAUCCGUUCCCAAUGGCACAAUCAGAAGCGUUACAUUCGCCCGGCCAAAUUCCGCAAGAUGAAGAAGAGUCUUUGGUGGAAGAAGCACUUUGCGCUGGGCUUCUCUGACUUGAUGUCUCAAAUCACCGAUGCAAAGAGAAGAGGAUACUAGAUGACGGAUGGCUAUGUACAUAGAAAAAUAGACAACGUAGAGCUCAAGGACCCGCUCUGAGUAUGGCGUUUGUAGAGGUGGCUCGACCGUCUUGCCUUAUAUGUACAAAAAUAGAUUCUCGAAAACGGGAGAAGCUGGGA